AUGGACAUCGGUAACAGUUAUUUCAGUGUCGUCGCGAACUCCGGAGUGCCGGUCAUGCACGCUGCUGUCUUACCUCCUUCAGGCAAAGUCAUCUUUCUGGACAAAGUCGAAGACUACUCAGAACUGUGGUUGCCGAACCAUCAUUGGGCAUACUCCGCGCUCUUCGACCCCAACACGCACCAGCUUACUCCGCUGUCUGUCGCGACAAACCCCUUUUGCUGUGGCGGCACCUUUCUGGCAGAUGGCCGGCUUGUCACCGUUGGCGGGAACGCUCCCUUGCUCUGGCUCGAUCCGACAGUUGGGGAUGGCUUUGACGCGAUUCGGUACAUUGGAGAUGAAGAUGGCGACUAUCAGUGGAAAGAGAAUGGGAAUAAACUGGCCUCCAACAGAUGGUAUGCAUCAGCACAGACCAUGGCAGACGGCAAGAUCUUUGUAGCAGCAGGGAGUUUGAACGGACAAACUGCAUCUGAUUUCCGCAACAAUAACCCCACCUACGAGAUUCUCGAUGCGAAUGGUGUCAGCGAAGGCCAAAACAUACCGAUGGAUAUCUUGAACAACACAAUGCCGUACUAG